AUGACCAUCACUCACGCUACCGGUUACGCCAUCAAGGAUCCAAAGGAUUACCUCAACUUCGAACUUACUAAAUACGAACUUGAACCUCUCGAAGAUGAUCGAAUCACUGUUGCUGUAGAGUGCUGUGGUGUAUGCGGAUCAGACCACCACACAAUCUCAGGAGGAUGGGGUCCCUUCCUCACGAAAUUCGUAGUUACAGGACACGAAGUUAUUGGAAAAGUCGUUGAAGUCGGAUCUAAAGUCUCGGAAUUCAAGGUUGGUCAGAGAGUCGGUGUGGGUGCUCAGGUAGGAUGUUGCGGGAAAUGUAAAUCUUGUAGAGGUACCAAUGAACAAUACUGUCAACAACCUGUUCACGGUUACAACACUCUUUGGUACGACAACCACGAACACCAAGGUGGUUACUCCACUCACGUCAGAGCUCAAGAGCGAUUCGUCUUCCCCAUCCCUGACGAGCUCGCUUCUACCGAUGCUGCCUCUAUGCUCUGUGGUGGUCUUACCGUCUUCUCUCCUCUUGUAAGAAACGGUGCCGGACCCGGUAAGAAAGUUGGUGUCGUCGGUCUUGGUGGUCUUGGUCAUUAUGCCGUUCUCUUCGGUUCAGCCCUCGGAGCAGAAGUGACUGUCUUCUCUCGAUCUGACGCCAAGAAAGAAGACGCCUUGAAGAUGGGUGCUAAGCGAUUCAUCGCUACCACCGAAGGUUUCCAUAAAGAUCUUCAAUUCGAAUUCGACCUGAUCAUCGUUACAGCUUCUUCAUCGAAAUUACCCCUCGACGAGCUGUUGUCCACUUUGGACGUUGAGAAGAAAUUGGUCUUUGUUGGUAUGCCCGAAGAUGGAUUAUCAAACAUCACUUCUCAAACUCUUAGUGGUAAUGCUGCUGCGUUAGCAUCUUCUCAUUUGGGUAAUAAACAGGAAGUCAAACAGAUGUUACAACUUGCCGUUGACAAACAGGUUAAACCUUGGGUCAACAUCUUGCAGAUGAAAGAUGCUGCCAAAGCCAUCAAGGCUGUUGAAGAAAAUACUGUAAGAUACAGAUCAGUGCUCUUACAAGAUAUCAACGCUUAG